CACUUGCCUACCAGGCACUUAUACCCCCUUAUUUACCAGGCCAAUUUUCAGCUUUCACUGCACUGCUGGGCACAGGUGGGUGGCACUGGUGGGCACAGGUGGGUGGGCACAGGUGGGUGGCACUGCUGGGCACAGGUAGGUGGCACUUCUGGGCACAGGUGGGUGCACUGCUGGGCACAGGUGGGUGAUCUGCUGGGCACAGGUGGGCGGAGCUAGUGGGCGCACUGCUGGGCACAGGUGGGCGGAACUUGCGGGUGCCACUGCUGGGCACCGAUCAUCAGGGCACUGAUCAUCAGUGCCCUGAUGAUCGGUGCCGAUCCUCGCUCUGGCAACUGCCGGUUCUCGGCAGUACUUUCCUCACGAUCUGACAGCGUGAGGAAAGUGCAGCCGAGAACCGGCACUUGCAU